UACAGUCAGUCCAACUCUAUUUCACUCAAUGACACCAUCAUGGGAUGCUCAGGGCUGCUGAUUUUGGGUCUUGUCCUAAAUGUUGCUCACUGCUUGGAAAUUCUGGGUUCGGACGGAAAGUCGAUUCUUGCGAUCACACGCAACAUCACAGCAGCCCUGGGAGAGGACGUGUACCUGGGCUGUAGAUAUCUGGGUGAUAGUGUGAUCGAGAGGGCCGAGUGGAAGCGCCACAUUAACUCUGAAAACAAAUUGAAGCGCCUGGCAGGAUUUAAUUUUGACAGGCCAUUCAGCCGCGAUGGCUUCUCAGACCCGGACUCUGCCACCAACCUCACAGUGAAGAUGAGCGUGUCCAGUGUGGAGGUAGAGGGAGAGUACAUCUGUGAGUUUGCAUCAGAGGACGAUUAUUAUUAUGACAACGUAUUCGUCACUGUAGUAGCUCAACCUGAUAUCCAGAUACUGGUGAACGCAGAGACCAUAAAUGGCUCUCACUACCAGUCGGUGUCUUGCUCUGCUGUCGGCGCCAGGCCUCCGCCUCAGAUCAGCUGGUUAGUCAGCGGCCUUCCUCCCUCAGAUGAUAUUUUCACUGUGUACGCGAGUGACACUGCUCACUCAAACGGCACCUCCACCCUGAGCAGCAUCCUCCGCUUCCCCACCCACCUGCAGGACGAGGACAGCGUGACCUGCGUGGUCCAACACCCGACCCUCCCUAACCCCGAACUCACCACAGUGCGGGUGGAAACGUACACGAGACCAAACGUGACCAUUAAAGCAGAGAUAGUACAAGAAGGAGGAAGUGACUUCUGGGUGGUCUCUUGCAUUUCGUCUGGAGGGAGACCUGAUACCAACAUCUCACUGGCUUUGAGCACCGAUGAAGAGCUGCAGAGAGAGACCAGCAGAGACUCAGACACACAAACAAGCUCAGUCCUGCUCCCUGCAGCAGAAUAUGAGGGCCACAAUGUCACCUGUGUGUUUGACCACCCCAAAUUUACAGAGAGAGAGUCACCAGUCAUCACACUGCCAUCCUUCUAUUUGUCAGGAGUUCAGCUGUCGACCUCAGAGCCGCGAAGCAACAGUGAUGACUUCCAAGACACAGAGUCUUUAGAGCUGCAGACAGGACAGAGUGACACCGUCAUCGGGCUGCAGGUCACUGGGAAUGUGCCGCGUUACAAUGUUACCUGCAAAAAAGAUGAUGGGCUCUUGCCUGAGGGUGUGGAGCUGGCUGACAGCAGCCUCACAGUUCAGGGUCCUGUGGGGCACCAGCAUGCUGGCCUGUAUGAAUGUUUCUUCUCGUAUCACCAUCUUCAGGCAACACUGAAGUUUAAUGUCACAGUCAAACCUCACGUCACACCGCCUGUUCCUCCCACAAUACGAGUUGAUUUGCAGACUCGAGAUGGACAGCGGGUGAUUGAGUGCUCAGCAGCUGAUGCUGUUCCUGCGGCCAACCUGUCCUGGCUUCUACCAGAGGGUGUGUCUGGAGUCACUAGGUUCAAUUUCACUUCUCAUAAUGGAAGCCACUCUGUCAAGGGAGUUUUACUCCUCCCUGCCUGCUCGCCUUGGGAGCUCACUGCAGAGUGUGUGAUAAAUCACCCUGCGUUUGAGGAGCCAGAGAACAGAAGUAUAACACUCCCUCUUUGCGCUCGCGCGAACAUCACCAUCAACUCCAGCACUGAGUGGAAAGACGGGGACGAGUACACAAAGGUGGACUGCUCCGUGGACAGCGUCGCCCCUGCAGCAGCUAUAACCUGGCAUGUUGGAAACAGUGACAACAGCAUCAGUUAUCUGUCGGAGAGCGAAGUCCAGACUGAUGGUUUGGUAUCAGCCCGCAGCUCUGUGCACUUCUUGUCUUCUCUGUAUUCUGGUCAGAAUUUGAGCUGCAUGGUGGAGCAUCCGAGCCUGGAGGCACCAGAAAGAAGAACAAUACACAUUCUUGUGCACAAAGCCUGUCUGCUGAGUGUGUCUGUGCAGAGACAGCAGGACUCUCCCCUCUGGCUGGCAGUGUGUGACUGCCGAGGGGAGGGCGUCGGGACCAACCUCGCCUGGGUUCUUCCCGAAAAUGCAAAAAGCCAAACUUCCCUGCAGUCAGAGCACGAAGGCCAAGUCCUGAAAGCCAGGCUGACUUAUCAGUUUCCUCUGGCCCUUCAUGAGGGGCAGGACCUGACAUGUGUGUAUCAUUUCGACCACGGAACAGAGAAGAGGACGGUUCAUAUCCCCAGAUACUACAUCUCCUCUCUGGAAGUCCUAAACCACACGACUCCUCUGCAAAGCCGCUAUGGUGGCGAACCCAGCCUACACAGACUGACUCUCCAGCAAAAUCAUCACAACCAGAGAGUGCUGCUCCGAGUCAAAGGCAACGUUCCAGAGUACAACCUCGACUGUAGAAGGAGCGAUGGCUCGUUCGUCCAAAUGGAUGGGGUUGCAAUGGUCUUCCAGUCGAAGCUCACGGAGCAGGACGAAGGCCUGUACACCUGCCGGGCGUCCUUCUAUCACCACAAAGCCACGGUCAACAUUCAGGUGGAGGUCUCGAGCGAGGAGAAAGUGUUUGCACUGGUGACCAUGAUCAGCGUCUCUUCAGUCUCUGCCAUCACGCUCAUCCUUGUCAUCACUGUUUGGGUGUGCUGCAAAGGAAGAAGUAGGACACAAUACACGAAGAAGGAGUCUCUCUCGGCCUUGACGGCUCUGAUGCACGAGCCCGGCUCUCCUGAGGUGAAGAAGCCAUCGGUGACUGAAAACGACUGCAAAGAACAAGCUCAGCUGGUCAGUUACUCCAUAGUCAUUGACAUCAAGAGUACAGUGUGAAGAUAUACGGUGCUUUGCAGGGCUUUGGAUUAAACAUUGAGCUUCAUCACAUUGUGCACAGACUAGAUAUGAAGGCUUACUGGAACUGCAGCAAUGUUUAUAAUUCUGUGUUAAGGUUUUUAGUUUUGACUGAUUGGCAUUAAUGAUUUUAAAGGCAGUAAUUUUGCACUUUUUCAUCUUACUUGAAUUUUGCACUGUAUGCACAUUGCAUUUUCCAUGUUCAUGAUUAUAAUAAAUCAAUUUAGUUUUUUUUUCA